AUGAACGCCUCGCGCCCCUCGCAGCGUCGCUCGCCGGGCGCUGCUGAUCCAGGCCCUCCCCCGGCUGUCCCUCCACGAUCCAUCUCCCCCGCCGUGGGCAUGGGAGUCGGCACGAACCGCCCCGUGGCCCCUCGUUCAUCCACAUCGUCUCGCCAGGUUCAGCCUAGCUCCGCAGGCUCAGGGAGUGUGAGUGGACGGGAGGGGAGUGGGAACAGAGGCGAGAGCACCCGUCGUGCCAACUCAUCAGGAGGCAGCUCAGUUCCUCUAUCUCAGAUCGAAAAGAGUGUAACGCACCUGCUUGUCGCCACCAAGCAACUACUCGAAACCCUCACACAGUGGUCCCGGGGAAACGCCACCGAUACCCAGGUGUCGGAUGUUUAUGUCCGUCUCGGUUACGAAUUCAACAUGGCUUGCCGUGCUUUUACAGCGAUCAACGUGGACGUUUCUGACCUCGGAAAUGUUCCUGAACUUUUGAGGACGAUUUUGGAGGCCACCCUUAGUCAGGAAGCAAGCGUUGAGAGUCUAGAGCGGUACCUACCAAAAAUUCGGGAUAUCAUCAUCAACCUGUUGCAUGGACUCAAAAGGAAGCAGACGAAGUUGCGCCAAAGGCAGCAACGAGAACGGGAGAGCUCCCAGAGUGCCCCCGGUGCCCUCGAUGCUGGCAAUUCAAGUGCAUCACCGAACCCUCCAAUCCCUCCUGCUCGGAUAACCAGUUCGAGCACAACAGGCAGCGUCAACUCCGGCCUGACGAACAUGCUGAAUGAGGGCAUCGAAGAUGGAUAUGGCCAGCGUGAGGAGCGCACCGUGUCUUCACCGACGAGACAGCGCUACGUGCCCCAAAGAGACCAGUCGCGUGGCUCACUCGCAUCUGAGCAAUCCAGCAUGUCCAGCAACACUAUGCAGAACAUCCCGGUCAUUGCGCCUUAUCCGGGAGAGGACACGAUGCCCUCGGGACCCCCUCCUCCCCCGGCAGCCGACAUGCCUAAUCUCGACAACUUUCCACCCCCUCCUCCACCGCCGAAGGCGAGCCAACAGAGUGCUUUGGCGGCUCUCCAGAGAGGAGGUGAUCUCGAGCGGCGAGCCUCGCGGCGGUACUCUGCCUACCAAAUAUCGAAGCAUCUCGGCGCUGGGGCUCCGGGUAUUCCGAUGCUGCCGCCCCAGACGACCCCCGUACCCAACCGUGGUCGGAACGAGGUGAGAGAGUCGAUGCGCGCGAUGCAGGCGAGGGACAGCAUUCGUCAUAAGCGCAACCAAUCGAGUCAGUCCCGAAUGGUGGCACCUGAAACCUCGCCAGUCCGAGUGCCAGCUCGCGUGUCAGAGGAACCGGAGGAGCUCCCAGCCGGAAGGGCUGAAUUGCCCGGAAGCCAGGAGUUUGACGAGAAGCCAAAACUCAGCGCCACACUGACAGGACCGCCGGGUGAUGCGGUACCGACAGGCGUGGGCGUGGAGGACAACGAGCGUGAGAAGCCUGCUACGCCGACGCGGACUCAAUCCCCUGCAGUACCCCGAGUUGGGACUCCGGAGAAACCGCCAAGCACUUACUCGGGGACUCCAAGCUCUACUAAAGAGCUGACGCUUUUCCUCCAGUACAAGUCGAAGGUCAAGAAGUUUGUGCUCCCCGGGGGAUAUGAAGAGUUGUCGAUCGGUCGGCUGCAGCUUGCUUUCAUCGAGAAGUUUUCUUGGAAUACCCAGCAGAAUGGUGCCGACCUGCCUGAGAUUUAUAUUCAAGAUCCCGUAUCGGGCGUACGGCACGAGCUCGAAGAUUUGUCGGAUAUCAAAGAUCGGUCGGUGCUGGUGCUCAAUGUUGAGCCUUUGGAUGAGGUCAAAAAGCACAUUGACGAGGGCUUCGGCUCGAUUAAGAAGAUGGUAGAGGAGAUGAAGCAGCAUAUUGAAGACCAAGGUGCCGCUAUUCAGCGAGUGUCGGAAAGGCAGCAGGAGACAGCUAAGGACGUAGCCCGCCUGGCUGCGGCACCCCCGACUAUUGUGGCGGCGCCUGUUGAGUCACCCAAACAGGCUGGAUCGGUCUCCAGCAGCUCUCCUACCCGCCGACUCAACCCGAACCAGCUUCACGAGAUUCAGAGCUUACGUCGCGAUCUGGCUGUGCUGCGGCAGACAUAUUCCAACUUCCAGUCCGAGGUACAAGCUUCCAUGUCUGCUCUGCGCACCAAGGCAAAUAACGUCAAGGCUGCAGCUGCCAAGCUCUCGGUGCCUAACGUGGAAGGCGACUCGGGUCGUGCGUACGUUAUGAACGGCCGUAAACGGCUCAAUGCCGACAGCGACCGCCUGGUCAACAAGGUCGACGACUUGCAGGAUGCCGUUGAGGACCUGAGAAAGGACGUUGUCCAUCGUGGUGUCCGUCCGCUGCCACGCCAGCUCGAGGCAGUUGCGCGUGAUAUCUCGCAGCUGACUCAAGAACUCAACAAGAUGGAGGAGUUCAUGAAGCGCGAGAAGCCGAUCUGGACCAAGGUGUGGGAGAAAGAACUCGAGGAUGUGUGCCAGGGUCGCGACGAACUGCGCAUGGUCGAGGAACUUAUCAUCGAUCUCCGCGACGACCUCGAAAAGGCCUCGGAAACUUUCUCGCUUGUCGAGCAGGCCACGAGAGAGCAAAUGAAAGACGCUGGUCCCAACGGUAGUAUCGUGCCUCGCCAGGGCGCUUUUGGCAAGCCGUUGUUCAGUAACAAUGCCUUCAUUGACCCGGCCUCGGCCAAGGAAGGUGUCUUGGGUGAGGUGCGUGCGCUACAGCCGGAUCAUGCAAGCCGUCUUGAAGCCAUAGAACGUGCAGAGAAGGCGCGCCAGAAGGAGCUCGAACGCCGAAUGGAGAAUCCGCUUAAGAAGGAACUCAUUAGCUUCGUGGAAGAGGGUAGACUGAAGAAGUCGGGCGGUGUUGAAGAAGUAGAAAGGGCUCGCAAGGCGAAGGAUGAUCAGAUUAGGCGGCAGGUGUGGGAGCGAAUAAACGGUAUCAUCCCGCAGGAGGAACUGGAGUUGUUGGCGGCGGCCGAGGCAGCGGCUGCUCAACAGGAGGGAGUGGAGGAUUUUAAUGAGAUCAAUAAUGGCGUUGAUGUGAAUCACCAGAGCAGGCCUGGUACGGCUGGUGAAGGGAUAGUUGCUUCGUUGGAUUGGCUGUUCACCAACUGUCGUAACAAGUGCUUGCUACACGAUUCACCUGUCCUCAUCUAUGGCGAACUUUGCCCAUCACCCACCAGAACCCUGCCGGUCGGUGCCCUCACGGGUCUUGGCAACUGUCCCAAGCGCAGGGUCCCUGGUCACGUGGCGCCAAGCCCGACAGUAGGCGACGUCACUGAUACUGGCGGCUGUCGGGAGCCGGCAACCAGCUCCCUGAACAAAGACCGAGACAAAGACGGCUGCAGCAUCGAUCGGGUGACCCCUCUUGACCCCCGCGUUUUCUAA